AUUUGAUUUGCUAUUAUUCUGAUGGUUUAGAAGUACAUUUGCAUAAGUACAGUUCAGAAAUGUCCUCAGCUGGAUCAUUAUACUAACCACUGCUUUAAUUCCAUCUGGUUGUUAGGACGUUUGGCCUUGUCUGUCCCCAGUUGGCCUCCACAUCAACCAGAGAGAAGGAGAGGGGCAAGAAGAAGAAGAGGAGGAAGACAUCUGUUUUUCAAGAUUUCGGGGGUGCAUAGACUUUCCACAGCUUGGGACUAUUUUAGUGAGACAAAGAGAAAGGACUUUAACAUCCCAGUAACAACCAACGUGGUACAAAUACUUACGAAGAUCCAGCCAAAUACCGGUAGACAUCGUCAACCGUCACCACAACCGUUACUACUACCACAACAACAACAACAGCCUUUCACCUUCACCAUGGCGACCACCGGCAUGCAGCUCCUGGGCCUGGUCUUGUCCCUGGUUGGCUGGGUGGGCGGCUUCCUGGUAUGCUCUGUUCCACUGUGGCGCGUCACCGCCUUCAUCGGCAACAACAUUGUGACGGCUCAGAUCAUCUGGGAGGGGCUGUGGAUGACCUGCAUCGUCCAAUCAACGGGCCAGAUCCAGUGCAAGGUGUACGACAGUCUCUUGGCCCUGCCCAGCGACAUGCAGGCGGCCCGGGGCCUCACCGUGCUCUCCGUCCUCCUCUGUGGCCUGGCCCUGGCUCUCGGUGUGGUGGGGGUAAAGUGCACCAAGUGUAUUGGUCAGAAUAGUCUGAAGGCUCGUAUUGCAAGGAUCUCCGGCUUUCUGUUCGGCAUCGCUGGGUUUCUCUACCUGGUUCCUAUCUGCUGGACGGCCCACUCCAUUAUCAGGGACUUCUAUGAUCCCCACGUGGCCGCACCGCACAAGAGAGAGCUAGGCCCCGCCCUAUACCUGGGCUGGGGGGCGUCAGCCUUGCUCCUGAUUGGUGGGUCGCUGCUGUAUGCGGGGUCGAGUCCUCCCGGCAUCCCCGGGUCUCCGACCUUCAGCAGCGACAGCAGCCCCCGUAGAGGACCUGCCGCUCAGGUCAAAGGUUACGUCUGAUCGGAAUGCCACAAAACACAAAACAACACCCCAUGAUUCCGAGAAUCUAUGAUUCUAUGAUUCCAUGAUUCCGCCCCGACAACAUGAAAAACCCUCCUCUCUUAGUAUUUAUACUUUUUAAUACUUUGGAAUGUUAUUAUUAUUCUGUGGUGCUUUUUCUCAUUCUUUCAAAAGAUGCACUAGGAGGUUAUGAAGGGAAUAGUGAAAUCCUUUUGUUAUUUCAUGUGUCCCUGUUGUCCUCAUGAUAACCCUAUGUUCUGUCAGUCUGUCUGUCAGUGUAAAACCCAAUAAAAUCAUCAGUCUUUCAA